GGUGGGCUCAGGCUCUCGCGCUCCCUUUUCCCUCCCCUUCCCUUCGGGGAGCCAGGGCUGAGUGCCGGGCUUGGGGCGCCCCCUCGGCCCCGGCUGCCGCGCCGUUAGCUUCGGGGCGGGAAGGAAAGGCCAGGAAAAGAGGAGGAGGAGGAGAAGGAGGAAGAAGAGAAAGAAACAGGGGAGGAAAAGGAGGAGGAGGAGGGAGCCGGGGCGCGGGAGGGCCGCGCGCUCUCCAUACUCCCCGCCCCCCCCUUCCUCCAGCCCCUGCGGCCGCCGCUGGUCCCGGGGCUCGGCCAGCUCCGUGCCGCUGCCCGCACUAUGCAUGCGGACUGCAGGCCGGGAUGGAGAUCCGGGGAUUGGUGAGAACCCAGCGCAGCUUGUUGUCGUCGCUUCCCCAGGUCUGGGUCUCGGUCCGAGUCCCAGCCCGGGCGGCCGCCUUUUUCAUCUCCCCCUCUUAUUCCUCCUCCUCUUCUUUUUCCACCCCACUCUUUAUCCUCCUGGUACUUCUGCUGCUGCUUGAAGACACCGGAGCCCAACAAGGUGAUGGAUGUGGACACACUGUAUUAGGUCCUGAAAGUGGAACUUUUACAUCGAUAAACUACCCACAUUCCUAUCCUAACAGCACAGUUUGUGAGUGGGAGAUCCGCGUGAAGACAGGGGAGAGAGUACACAUCAAAUUUGGUGACUUUGACAUAGAAGAUUCAGAUUCUUGUCACUUUAAUUAUUUGAGAGUUUACAAUGGAAUUGGACUCAGCAGAACUGAGAUAGGCAAAUACUGUGGUCUGGGAUUGCAAAUGAACCAUUCGAUUGAAUCAAAAAGCAAUGAAAUGACAGUACUAUUCAUGAGUGGAACCCACGUUUCUGGACGAGGAUUUUUGGCCUCCUACUCGGUUAUAAAUAAACCAGAUUUAAUUACUUGCUUGGAUACUGCAACUAAUUUUUUAGAGCCAGAGUUCAGUAAGUACUGUCCAGCAGGCUGCCUCAUUCCUUUUGCUGAGAUAUCUGGAACUAUUCCUCAUGGAUAUAGAGAUUCAUCUUCACUUUGCAUGGCUGGUAUACAUGCAGGAGUUGUGUCCAAUAAUCUGGGUGGCCAGAUCAGUGUUGUAAUCAGCAAAGGUAUACCCUACUAUGAAAGUUCUUUGGCUAAUAACGUCACAUCUGUAGUGGGGCAGUUGUCUGCAAGUCUGUUUACCUUUAAAACUAGUGGCUGUUAUGGAACCCUGGGAAUGGAAUCUGGAGUUAUCUCUGAUUUUCAGAUAACCUCAUCAUCUGUGUGGAUGGACUACACAGAACAGCAGAAUAGUUGGAAACCUGAAAAGGCUAGACUAAAAAAACCUGGAACCUCUUGGGCUGCUAAUGACAUGAAUAAAUAUCAGUGGUUACAGAUAGAUAUGAACAAGGAAAAGAAAAUAACAGGCAUUAUAACCACUGGAUCCACCAUGAUAGAACACAACUACUAUGUGUCUGCCUAUAGAAUUCUAUAUAGUGAUGAUGCACAGAAAUGGACAGUGUAUAGAGAACCUGGUAUUGAGCAAGAUAAGGUAUUUCAAGGAAAUACAGACUAUUACCAGGAUGUACGCAAUAACUUCAUCCCACCCAUUAUAGCACGUUUUGUUAGAAUUAAUCCAGUACAGUGGCAGCAAAAAAUUGCUAUGAAAGUGGAAUUGCUUGGAUGUCAGUUUAUUCCUAUAGGUCGUGCUCCAAAACUAACUCAGCCACCAUUUUCCCGGAACAACAAUGAGAUAAGAAACACAACAUUCACUUCAUAUGUAGCCAAAGGUCGUGCUCCAAAAUUCAAUCGACCACCACCUCGCCAUGGCAUUACUCUUCAAACUGAUCAAACAACAAUGACUCCAGAUAUCAAAAACACUACAGUAACUCCAAAUUUAACCAAAGAUGUAGCAUUGGCUGCUGUCCUAGUCCCUGUUCUGGUCAUGGUCCUCACUACCCUUAUCCUUAUCUUGGUUUGUGGUUGGCAUUGGAGAAACAGAAAGAAAAAAACAGAAGGAACAUAUGACUUACCGUAUUGGGAUCGUGCAGGUUGGUGGAAAGGAAUGAAGCAGUUUUUCCCAGCCAAAUCACUGGAACACGAGGAAACUCCUGUUCGCUAUAGCAGCAGCGAAGUUAGUCACUUGAGACCAAGAGAAGUCACAUCCGUGCUCCAGACUGAAACUGCAGAGUACGCGCAGCCAUUGGUGGGAGGCAUCGGGACGCUCCAUCAGAGAUCAACCUUCAAGCCAGAAGAAGGAAAAGAAGCGGGCUACGCAGACCUCGAUCCUUACAAUGCUCCGGUGCCAGAAGUGUACCACGCCUAUGCGGAGCCGCUGCCCAUUACGGGGCCCGAGUACGCCACACCGAUAGUCAUGGACAUGUCGGCACACCCCGCAGCCUCGGGCGCAGCCCCCUCUACGUCCACCUUCAAGGCUCCGGGGAACAAAGCCCCGCCUUUAGUGGGGACUUACAACAGCCUCUCUCGCACUGACAGCGGCCCUGUGGCCCGGGCAGAGUACGACACGCCCAAAGGAGGGAAACCAGGCCUGAGUGCCCCGGACGAAACGAUGUACCAGGUACCCCAGGGCACUCUUCACACGGCCGGAAGCAAAGGGGAAGUGUCAGGGGCAGGGAGGGAAGGGGAAGGGGACAUGUUUAAAGAAGUCCUUUGAAGCGGAUGCCCCUUUCCCAAAGCGUCGUUUUUAAAGCACAUGGAAUUUUUUGUACUAGUCAUGAUAAUAUAUGAAAAAGUCUUAUCCGUAUCUGUCCCUGAGAUGAUUGAGGGGAAAUACUGAAACUGAGGUACAGGAAACUACUCAUCUGGCCAUUUUGCUUGGAAGGUUUUAUACAGGCCACAACAGCGGCUUCCCUAUUCGUGAUGUCAUGUCCUUGUUUUGUUACUACUGUAAAACACGAUAUUCUUUAUGUCAUGAGAGCUCCUUCGAUGCACUUCAAAGAGUUGAAAAAUCACUGAGAUGAAAUAUUUAUUACUGAUGCUGCAGUACUUUAAUGACCUUAAAGUCUUACUAGCAAUUGCUAAUGGUACCGUUACAGGGAAUGGCUUGAAGUUCUGAAGCUCCCCACGCAGAGGUGGAUUGAUCUUCUUUCUCGUACCCACCGUAUCAUUUUUUGUGUUUAUUUUUUAAGGUGUAAACCUGUCCUACCUACAAAUUGCUCGUAGUUGCUAUCCGGUAGAUCAAAAUCUUUAGUGAGAUAAAGAAUCGACAGCUUUAAAAACUUCAUGGCCAAUGAUAGAAUUUAUCGCCCUUGCUCACACUUGCCAGGUACUCCCCCCCUCCUUCGUUUGGCCCCAAACCUUAGUUGUCAGUCUCCUUGCAUAUGCUACGGGCUCUGCCUGGGCAGCAGCUCUUCCCCCCACUUGUAUUUUCAGUGGCUCCAAAGUGUGUGUAAGUGAACCUGCGCAGCGUGUCAGAAGAAGAAUGAAAGCUGUGACGAGAGCUUGUAGGACCCCAGCUGAUAGUUGUCAUCAGAAUGAAAUACCUCCACACAGACCACCACUUGGAAAUAAUACGUUUUAAGUCAUCUGGUGAAAAGGUGCAUUUUUAGGACUAUGGCGCAUCAAUCAUCUCUCCUAGAGUAUUUUUUUUUCAGUUUGGUUAAUGAUUCUAAACUGAUUUUUUUAAUGUAGAAUAUGACAUUCUAUAGCACCCUCUAACAAAUACAACACUUUCCAGGCCCUUCCUGCCCUGCUGCAACAUGAAGGGAAGUUUCAGGAUAACUUACCAUGGGAGAUGUGGGGUGUCCCAGAAGUCUGAGUGCACUUCUAAGGUGUUUGGCAUCUUGAAAUAGCUUGGAACUGUUCUUGGACCUUUGGGACUCUGUAUAUCUCUUUAUAGAAUUGUGUGCCACAGCUAAUCCGAUAAAAAUUUAUCUGAAUAGUUAUGCUAUUUCCUCCCCUUGUAGCACAUGUUCUUUACUUGAAGCCAAGGCUCAGACUGGCUGGGGACAACAGAAGUCAUCUUUAAGUUUUGUUUCUGGCCCAGACGAGGAGUCCUUCCAAUGUUUUUGUUCAUCUGACUAGCUGAAUGACUUGGUAAAAGUAGAAGGCAGCCCCAUUUCUUUCUCUCUCACCUUCUGUCUCAUUCUCUUUUGUGUGAGCCUGGCUUUGCGAUUCAGCUUUUGGCUUUAAAAGAUGUUGCUUUCACCUCAUCAGAGUCAUCCUAUCAGGUCAGCAGAACCUGACUAGUGAAGUUGCUCAGCUUUCGGGGGUAAGUUUCCAAAUAUUUGAGCAGUAAGAUUGUGGUUACCACAAGUUUUGUUUUAAGGCAGCCUGGCCUACUGAAUAAAUGAUUCCUUGAGACUAGGAGGGUCUGGGUUUCAGUCCUGCCUCUGACACACUGGCUGUGUGACCCUAAACAAGUCUCUUAACAUUUUUGUUCCAUGACAGCUCCCUGGCUCCAGUGAAUGCCAAGACUUAUAAGGUACAAAGCAGUUUCCAUCUCAUUGGUGUCAGAGAGUUUCCUUACCCACCUAUACAGAUGAAAUCAAAGGUUCAGACCAAAAAGGAAACAUAUUACACUUGUUCUUGAAUUAAAAGUUUACUUUCUUAUCUUCUCUACCUUCAUUUUUUAGCUUUAAUUAAAUUAUUGUUGUCAUAGCAAAAGCAUAAGGUAAAAUUUAUUUAUUUUUAACUUGAGAUACCAAAAUAGAACUUGGGCAUAUUUCGAGUACAAAGCACAGAUGUUGGUAAACAUCAAUAUAAAUAUGUCUAAAUGUGACUGAAUUAAGUCAGCCCUUUUUAGGCAGAAAAAAUGAAUGCACCACUACUUAGUCCUUUUUGUCAUAGAUAUAAAGGAGAGAUUCAUUUCUAGAACUGUGCACCUAGUAGAACCUUUUAGGGAUACAUGUUGAAUUAUUAAACUGGUCAGUGGUUUCCUUGGUACUUUUCCUCAUUGUAAUGAGAUAACACAUAUGAUUUUUGUUUUGUUUUAUUUCUCUGAGAGCAUACAGGGAAACAAAAGAACCGUGUUUUUAUAUUUUAGAUUUUAAGACUUGACUUAUUGAAAAUUUUUUAAAGAUUUGUUUCACAUUUUCCAGUUUGCUGUCCUCAAAGUAACUAUGAGGUAAUUAAUGUCUCUUUGGGGUAUCUAAACACUUUUUGUAUUGUGUUUUGGUUGUUACUGCAAGAGCUGAGCUUGAUCCACAACUUAAGGUAGUAGAGGUACAUUUAGAUAAUUUAAAAUCAGAUGAAUUUUCCCUUAUCUGUUAUGUGUUAUGUCUACAUCUAUAUGUGCCUUUGAGACAAUCAAGCAGCAACUGAAAAUGUGAACACACAGAACCAUUUUUGGCCAGCCACCUUUUGGAUUUCUUAUUCAAUAUGUUUACUUAUAAGUUUUAAUUACUUAAUGUUUUGUUUGAAUUUUGUCACUUUUCCAUGAAGACUGAGACUGUGUGAAUUUGAUUAUAGACAUAGAAUCUAAUAACUACUGGUGGACUAGAAUACUAAAUGUUGGUCAAAUUGUUUGACAUAACCACAUUGACUUAGCUAUUACUUGAUCUCUUAAGAACCAGCAUGGUAAAAGCCAAAAUUUUGUAAAUUCUACUAUUCAGUGCUAUAAAUCCACAUGGGAUCCUUUUCUUUAUGCAGGACCUAAUUUAAUCCAGGUCAGUCCACAUUUCACUGUUUGCACUUUUCACUUAAAAAUGGGUUACUGAACUGAUGAAGAAUAUCUUCAAAAAAAGGAUCUGUGACAGAAUCAAAAAGUUCAAUGGUCAGGGUGUGUUGGUGCUUUGGCUUUUCUGACUGAGGUGAAUGAAUUCUUUUGAUUUAAACUUGAGCCCUAUUAAUUAUAUUGCCUGAACAAACAAGUUAUUUGGAAACUGAAUUAUCUGGAAGGAAGGUGGUGCAUUCUGUAUAUGGGUUACCAUUAGAGAGAACUAAAAACUUAUGGGAAAACACACCCAUCUAGAUAAUUCUGUCCUUGUCUUUAGUCUGGGUUUAAGAUGAAAUCCUUUAACAGCAACAAUCUUAAGAAUUGGACACCACUGUUUAGGUGGCAUAAUUUUUAGGUCUGCUUUGGCACCAUUUCCUAUUCAUUUUUAUUUGUGCCAAAUUAUGUUUUCUCUUUUGACACUGAGAACGGUGGAAGCAAAAUGUUCUUUGAGAUAUUUUGGGGGGAAUGAGAAUGGUUUGAGGAUCAGUGAUAAUUCUGCCAGAAUGUACUUUUCUUACCUCAGCUUGGACUUGUAGUCACUCUGUAUUUGUAUAUGUUGCUAGAAUUUAGAUUGUAUAAAUAGAAUUCUAUGUGUUUAUGUUGUUUUUAAUAAAUUAUGUACAUAUCAUGCUCAA